UAUGGCAAACAUUCCUGGAGUUGCGCCCCAUUGCCCGCUUGGCGGCGCUGCGGUAGUUACGGUCCAACAUUCAUCGUUGUAUCCGCGGGAAUAUAUAAACUUCAGUCGACAUUGACCCACUUGCUUUUCUGUAAACAGCCGGUAGUGCUUGAAGGCCUAUUUCUAUCAUGAAUUACGGAAGCUGGAAGUUGCCCAAACUGAAGACUGAGCUCAAAGCACGAGGUGCUCGAGUGUCAGGAAGAAAAAUCGAUCUGAUAGAACGACUCGAGAGCUAUGACCGAAACUGCAAUUUUGGGAGAGAGCCAGAACUUGAAGCUGAGUUUGAAAUGACACUGCCCCUAGUUGAAACUUAUAGGGAUGUAAAUGGUGACAGUCAUCUUCCUUUUUUAGCAUAUGAAGCUAUAAAUUAUUACUUACAGCCUUUUCAGAAGAAACUUGGUUCAAGUUCAAAGAAUCUGUACACCAGUAGGUUUUUGAAAUUUUUCCGUUAUUCAAAACCUAAUAACAUGUGUUUCCUGAAGUCUGAGUGCUGUGCUGAAAUGAAGAAGCAUGUGACUUACAAAGUCGAUGUUGCAAUUGAUGACGAUGGUUCUGUUGUGGAGGGGCAGUGUGAGUGUGCUGCAGGCCAGGGUCCAUCAGGACAUUGCAAACAUAUUUGUGCAGUGUUAUAUGCUAUGCACAAGUUUUCAACAACUGGCGAUGUUUUAACUGAAGAAACAUGUACUCAAAGAUUGCAAACAUUUCAUAAAAGUAAACCCUAUAGGGGCAGUCCCAUAAAGGCGACUGACCUUGAUUUAUGCAACAGUGAACUGAAUGUUAUAUUUGACCCACGACCAGUUCAGUAUCGCAAAGUGCCAAAUUACCCUGACUUUUUCCGCAAUGUUUGGUUGAACCACCCUAGUGUCAAUACAUUUCCAGUUGCUCAAAUGUUUCCUCCAGCAAAUCCAUUUGCUGUUAAUCAUGAUCAUGAUUAUCUUAAGUUAUCUUUAGCUGACCAAUACCUGAAAUCCCAGAAUAUAUCAGAAAUAUCAGAUAUGGACAAAACCAACCUUGAAAUAAUAACCCAUAAACAGUCAAAGAGCGAGGAAUGGAAAACUGAACACACAAAGAGAAUUUCUUUUUCCAAUUUUGGGAAAAUUUGUUUGGCAACAGACAAAACUGAUUUUCAUAAACUUGCUAGAUCAAUGACUAAGCCUUUCGAGGACAUUCAAAGUCCACCACUUAGACAUGGCAGAAAAUAUGAAAAGGUGGCAAUAAAAGCUUUUGAAAAGUCAAGUGGUUUCAAAACCUCACCAUGUGGCAUGUUUGUGUCAGAUGUUCAUCCAUUUCUCGCAGCUUCACCAGAUUCACUUCUCGGUGAUGAUACUACCAUUGAAGCGAAAUGUCCAUUUGCAUCUAAAGACCGUCUAAUCUCUGAGAUAACUGUUCCCUAUUUGAAGUACUAUGUGACAAUGGCAACCAUCUCUUAA